AAUGUGGGUAUUUCACAGUGCAGAUCACUGACACAGCACCAGUGAUGAUCAUGUGUAGACCAAGAGCCCUCCUGUACUCUUAGUGCAUGCCAGUGAGCACAGAAGGCUCAGCUCUCCUUCUUUUGGGCAUCAGGAGGAGAAAGGAGCUGAGAUGGGGGAAGUCUGGUGGUCUCCAGUGAGUAGCAGAGGAGGAGUAAUGUGAAUCAGAGGAUGAGAAGGAUCCUCCCUAGCUGUGGGCUGAACAAGUAGGUCAAGCAAGGGUUGGUUGGCUUUUCAAUACAGAGAGAGAUUUGGAAAAGCAGACAGGAGAAAAAUCAGCUUGGAAAUCCGGAGAUUUUCUCAUCACGUUCUUAUUCUGCAGUCAGUGAAUUUAUCUCAGCCCUGUAAUCCUGGGAUUUCCUCCCAGCCCCAGCAGGAGAGAGUGUGUCAGUGUGAGUGUGUGUGUGCGUGUGUGUGUGCGGGCACAGCGAGAAGAGAUCAGGAGGCAGGGAGUCACCGGCUUGUACUGUGAGCAGCCCCCUCUCUUGGUCACACACAGAGGAGGAGGCUGUGCUGCUGUCACACACUCUCUCUCACACACACACACACACACACACACACACACAUACUGCUCCUGUGCACGACCGGCCUCUCGGUGCACUGAUUUGUGUUCACAUCGGGUGUGAGCAGCAGCCGUCUGGUGUGAUCUGUCUCCGGGCGUACAAUACCCCUCUACCGCAACAAAGGAGAACACCGGCCCCGGGUACAAACACCGCAACCGGAUCAAGACAUGAUGAUGUGAAUCAAGCGCUCCACCGAGGCCGGCUGCCGCAGGGUCUUUACCGAAGCUGUGUCAGAAGCAAUGUGGUGAAGUCAAGUUACCAUAGCUUAAGGAACUAUUGGAAUAUAGAUAAUGGGCUGUGUGCAAUGCAAGGACAAAGAAGCAACCAAACUAACAGAUGAGAGGGACAACAGUUUAACUCAGAGUUUGGGAUACCGCUAUGGGACGGAUCCCACCCCACAACACUAUCCCAGCUUCACUGUGACCACCAUUCCGAAUUACAACAACUUCCAUGGAUCUGCAGGACAGGGACUUACAGUGUUUGGAGGUGUGAAUUCCUCAUCCCACACAGGCACCUUGCGCACAAGAGGUGGAACAGGAGUAACACUUUUUGUGGCUCUUUACGACUAUGAAGCAAGAACAGAAGAUGACUUAAGUUUUCAGAAAGGAGAAAAAUUUCAGAUACUCAAUAGUUCUGAAGGAGAUUGGUGGGAAGCUCGGUCUCUGACAACUGGUGGAACGGGCUAUAUCCCAAGUAACUAUGUGGCGCCGGUGGACUCCAUUCAAGCUGAGGAAUGGUACUUUGGCAAACUUGGCAGGAAAGAUGCAGAGAGGCAAUUGUUAUCUUUUGGAAACCCUAGGGGUACUUAUUUAAUACGAGAAAGUGAAACUACCAAAGGUGCCUAUUCGUUGUCAAUUCGUGAUUGGGAUGAUAUGAAAGGAGAUCAUGUGAAGCACUAUAAGAUUAGAAAGCUCGACAAUGGUGGCUACUACAUCACAACUAGGGCCCAGUUUGAAACUCUUCAACAGCUGGUUCACCACUAUUCAGAGAGAGCUGCCGGUCUCUGCUGCCGCUUGGUAGUGCCCUGCCAUAAAGGAAUGCCAAGACUUACUGACCUGUCUGUCAAAACCAAAGAUGUCUGGGAAAUCCCAAGAGAAUCCUUACAGUUGAUCAAGAGACUGGGAAAUGGGCAGUUUGGGGAAGUAUGGAUGGGUACAUGGAACGGAAACACCAAGGUGGCGAUAAAGACCCUGAAGCCAGGAACCAUGUCUCCAGAGUCCUUCUUGGAGGAAGCUCAGAUUAUGAAGAAACUGAAACAUGACAAACUUGUGCAACUCUAUGCCGUGGUGUCAGAGGAGCCCAUCUACAUUGUCACAGAAUAUAUGAGCAAAGGAAGUUUGCUGGAUUUUCUGAAAGAUGGGGAAGGAAGAGCGUUGAAGUUGCCUAAUUUAGUAGAUAUGGCUGCACAGGUGGCUGCAGGCAUGGCAUACAUUGAACGAAUGAACUACAUACACAGAGAUUUACGGUCAGCAAACAUUUUGGUUGGCAAUGGUCUAAUUUGCAAAAUUGCUGAUUUUGGACUUGCAAGGUUGAUUGAAGACAAUGAGUACACAGCAAGGCAAGGUGCAAAGUUCCCCAUAAAAUGGACAGCCCCAGAAGCAGCACUGUAUGGAAGGUUUACAAUAAAAUCUGAUGUAUGGUCCUUUGGUAUUUUACUGACAGAGCUAGUGACAAAGGGAAGAGUUCCCUAUCCAGGUAUGAAUAACCGUGAGGUAUUGGAGCAAGUGGAGCGUGGGUAUAGAAUGCCGUGUCCACAGGACUGUCCCAAUUCACUGCAUGAGCUCAUGCUUAACUGCUGGAAAAAGGACCCAGAAGAGCGUCCUACUUUUGAGUAUCUACAGAGUUUCCUGGAAGACUACUUUACUGCCACUGAACCCCAGUACCAACCCGGGGACAACCUGUAAAGUCCUGCCUGCGUAUCCACCACUUUGGGUUCAAUCCUUAGAAUUCACUUCCACGUUAAGGACUGCUGUUUCUUCCAGUGCAAACUGCACACAGAUGUGAAAUUAAACACUUCCAGGAAAAAAAUCUUUCUUGACCACUUACUAUAAUUAUUUGAAGGUCCUCUUUUCAGAGAAAAUAAAAUAAAAAGAGGUGGAAACAAACAACUUUACUUUACUCAAGCAAAGACUUUGAUAACGCAUUAUAUUGUUGUUAUGUAAACUGCAGAACCUCUAUUCACUGUAAAUAUUAACUUUGUGCCAAUUCCCCAAAUUAGAGCUUUCCAUUUGUUUAGCUUUUGUUUUUAUUACAUACAAAACCCCUGUGAUUUAACCCAUCUUUUAUUGACCAUACACAAGUAUCCGUUUAGAAAGCUGCCCUCUAGCUACCAUUUUAUUUAUAAUAUAAAUGCAUUUUUUUGUUCUGCUUUCUGUACAUGUGCCUAUAAAUAAGUGAAAUUGUACAUACAAAAAAACAUCCAGUACAUAUUGUACAUACAUCCGUGCUUACACAUAGGCGCCGAUUUUUUAAUUACAACCUGUGCCCUUCCUUACUUGUAAGAAGUGACGAAAUCAAACAAUUCUCAAACAAAACAAGAAAACAUUGCAAAUCUGAGAAUUAUGCUUAUACUAAUUUUUUCUUAUCCAUGUUUUUUGCACUUUUUAUUUAAGACUGACAAACAGAAUUAUAAUUCCAAAAAUGCUAAAUCAUUUGAAAUCAUUCUCUGUGAAAAGACAUACUGAAUUUUGAGAGAAUUUUGGAUUAUUACCACAUACUUAAAAAAAAAGGAACAAUGGUCUCAAACUGAAAACUGUGAAAAUGUGGAAAAUAUUUUGUGUGGUAAUUGUUGGGCCAAGAAAGACAUUUCUUAUUCAUAAAUUUCUUGCACUUUUUCAUUUCCCUAGAUUUAAAAUAUACUAGAAUGUAAACCCAGUGUGCUGUGGUAGCCAUUUUGUUUAAUAAGCUUCACACAAAAUGGCACCUGAAAAUGGUUAACAGUACCACAGAAUCUAACAUGCCUCUCUGUUAAAAGCUAUAUUUUAUAAAAAAAAACAAAGAAAAUUGGAAAGAGUAUCAGUAUCUUCAAUCAAUGUUUGCUGUAUCUUUGAUAUUAACAGCCAAACUGACUUUAGCAUUUAUUAAUGGGAAUACAUAAUGGGGGGAAAUGAUGUUUUGUUCCUGUAGAUACAUAUGCUAAUAGUUGGGGUUUUUUAGUGUUUGUUUAUUUCUACUUUCCCGGUUAGUUUAAAUACCCUGGUAUGUUAUCUCAGUAAAUCACUCACUAUUAAGAGUAACCAGUUACUUUUUUUCUAUGUAUCAUUUACUGAUGUAAAAUGAGUCUCUUUAAUGUUAUGUACUGAUACUGAAACUUACUUCUAAUCAUGUUUAGAAGUUCUCCAGUGGAAUAACUAUGCACUAUGCAUUUCAUGGGGAGUGCACAAAGAAAGUGUCUCUUUGUACCAUACUGUGUUUAACAAAAAGGUCCUUUACGUUUGCUUUUUGUUUUGUUCCCAAUCAUGUUAUCAAAUUUAAGAUCUUGACUAAUUUCCUGUUAUAAUUUCUUUGCAAAUUUUCAUGGAAAACUCUUUAACUUUAUUAAUUUAGUAAUUAAAUCUGAGCAUUUUACAUCUUUAU